CAAUUACGCUCACUCUGACUCUGACAUCAGCUACUCCUGCCAUUAAUUACCAGUACGCUUCAAGCCUUCGACGACAUUCCUCUAGCAGAUGAAGUGAAUGAGACGCGGAUUUUAAAAUGCCGGAGCUAGGUUUUCGGCACCGGAGGCAAGCCAGAGCCGGAGAUUUCAGCCCGGUUUCCGUCAUCUUCGAGGCCGAUUCCAACUUUAGUCCCUCUUCUACUUCCGGCAGUAUUCAUCUUUCCUCUUUCGCAUAUGACACUCGUGACAUAGAAGGCUCUUGGUGCGGCGGUCCUCACACUGACUUGGCCGGGGAUGUAUAUUGCAAGGCUUCAGGUUGUCCAGCUUCAGAUUUAAACAAAAAUGAACAUGCAAAAGACAACAGGAUUGCUGAGACAGGGGACAAAGGUUUAGGUUUUGAUUUGGCAUCGACAUCCUUCUCUCAGGCUCUUAAAGAAUGUCAUGAUAGGAGGUCCAGAACCGAAUAUGGUUUGAUUAAAUCAGACAGGCAAAGAACCAAUUCAGCUGAUAUGAAAAAUUCUCUCUCCAAAGCUGCGAACUCCUCAUCACCUCAGUGUGGAGUCAUGAAAAAGCCAUCUAUUUCUAAUAGAAGACAAUUGAAUGCACAGUUUCUGCCUCACAAUAAAGAACGAACCUUACCUUCCAAGUGGGCUGAUGCCGAGAGGUGGAUCUUCAGUCCUUUAUUGAGAGAUGAUGCUAUGAGAACUUCCAGCCUGUCAAUUAGUGUCCAGAGAUGUCCAGACAAUGUCAGCUUAUCCUCAUUCACUGAUCUUCAAGAUGAGAAUGACUCCAAUAAAGUUACGGAUACUGCUUUUUCUCGUAUUAUGUCGAGGGAUAUGACAACUCCAAUGAGCCCUGAGGGUAGUCACCAAAUAUCUCCUAGGAGAUGCUCAACUUCUCCUAAUGCAAGAUCAUCCAUUUUACCAAUUGAUGAAGCUCAGAGUUGCCAUUCAUCUAAAACAGAUAUCAGUAAUGUUUUAGUUAAUGAGCGGGUCACUCUAACAAGGUGGAGAAAGAAACACAGGAUUCGAAUUCCAAGGACGAAUUUAGAUAUUGUUGAUUAUUGGAAAAACAAAGCUCUAGGAAUGCAUUCUUAUGGCUGGGAAGCUUCGGCAACAGCAAACACUUUAUCCAAAGUCAAGAGCGAAGAAGCCAGAAUAUCAGCCUGGGAAAACUUGCAGAAGGCAAAAGCUGAGGCAGCAAUCCAAAAAUUUGAGGAAAAUAGCAGUUAGUCAAUGCAGCUUUCGACGCUCAUCAUGGGUUCAUCCAGAAAUAGCCGCUCUAUAGUUUAAACACACGGGUCAGGUUGCGUACGUGAUUACCUAUAAUACUUGAGUCGGAGAUCUCUUUGCAAACAACCACUCUACUUCUGAGUAGGAAUCAGUCUACGUAUCGAUACUCUCCUCAAACCCUUCCUUUUAUGAGAUUCGAAAUAUAUAGAUACAUGAUAG